GGUAUAUAAACCCAAUCCAGCAGAUUUCGAAGUGACCCCGAUCAAAUCUACAUCUCUGAGACUAUCUGCAUAAAUAGUGAGUCUUCGCUUUCCCAUCUUCCUCCCUCCGCAGAACAUACCGCAUACGACGCCUAACUAUAUACAUCCAUCGCAACCACCACUAACCAUAUCUCCAGCACCACAGCCACACGCUUCAAUCCCCACCUAUACCUAACUCAACAACACCCACCCACUUUAACUACUAAACACCACGAAAAUGGCCUCCAACUCCAACCGCCUCCCCCAAGCCACGAGCGGCGGCGCCUCCGCCGAGCCCACGCCCGCCAACAACGCCGGCGGCGGCAGCGGCUGGGGCGACUCGGGCCACCCCAAGGGCGGGGUUUCGAGCGACGUCCUCACGGCCCCGGAAUUCCGCGACAUCAGCGACCAGAAGUCGGCGGCGGAGCACAAGUUCCUGGGCCGGUUCGACGAGGGCCAGGGGAUGCAGGAGGGGACGUGCGCGACCGAGGACCACAGCUUCAUGGAGCGGAAGCCCGGCGGGUCCGGGGCGCUGCCGGGCUGGGAGACGAUGAAGGAUAAGUUGGGUUUGUAAGCUUUCCCCGGGCCUUUUCUUCCCUUUCUCCUUCGGGGGAUGAGCGGUUGAGGGAUGAGGGGGGUGGAUGCAGUGAGAAAGAGGUGAGGGGAGGGGAGGUGAUAGAUGGGACUGGCUGAUGAGGGUUUAGUCUCUAUCCUGAGUGAAUUCCUCCUCUUCUUCUUCUGAUUGAGGGGGAGGUGUUGUUGGCUUGGGCUGCCCGAUAGGGGGUGGCGUUAUUUGUGUUUGCUGGGGGG